AUGGUUCAACAACCGAUGGCUGGCGAGUCCGCUGGCCCCGUGGUCAAGGGCGUUGUUCCUACAGCCAAGCAGGCCUUUGCUGAUCUCUUCAUCUGGAAGCAGCGCGUCGUCGUCACAAACGAACAUGGCGAAGAGACAACCGAAUGGAGGGACCCAGACCCUAUCCAGAACCCCAUCAGUCUCAUGGCUCAGCUGUCUGCUAAGGACUGGAUCUUCUUCCUCGUCGGCUUCUGCGCCUGGACCGCCGAUGCCUUUGACUUCCACGCCUUGUCCAUCCAGACCAAGAAGCUGUCUCUCUACUAUGACACCAGCAAAACCGCAAUCACAACCGCCAUCACCCUCACCCUCCUCCUCCGCUCUGUCGGUGCCGCCAUGUUCGGUCUUGCUGGUGACAAGUGGGGUCGCAAGUGGCCCAUGGUCUUCAACAUGAUCAUCCUCGGUAUUCUGCAAAUCGCCACCAUCUACAGUACUACCUUCAACCAGUUCCUUGCUGUACGAAGUCUUUUUGGUCUCUUCAUGGGCGGUGUUUACGGCAACGCUAUUGCCAUGGCUCUCGAGUCGUGCCCCUCCAACGCUCGAGGCUUGAUGUCCGGCAUCCUUCAGCAAGGAUAUUCUUUCGGCUACGUCUUGGCUGCAUGCGCCAACCUUGGCGUUGGCGGUAGUACCGAGAGUUGGAAGACUGUCUUUUGGAUCGCUGCUGGAAUUUCCAUCGCCGUCGGCAUCGUCCGUAUCUUCUUCCCUGAGUCUCAACAAUUCCUCGAAGCCCGCGCCAAAGGAAAGGAGUCCACCUCGCCUGGUGCUUUCUGGCAGGAUUGCAAAAAGAUGCUUCUCGCCGAGUGGAAGAUGUGCGUUUACUGCUGCUUCCUCAUGACCUGGUUCAACUACUACUCCCACACUUCUCAAGACUCAUACACCACCUUCAUGCUCGAACAGAAGGAGUUCAAGAACGAAGCUGCUUCUCGUGCUUCUAUUCUCAUGAAGACUGGUGCUUGCGUUGGUGGCACAAUCAUUGGCUACUUGAGUCAGUUCGUCGGUCGUCGACGUGCUAUCUGUAUCUCUGCCUUUAUGUCUGCUCUCAUGAUCCCAGCUUGGAUCCUGCCCACCACUGAAGGCGGUUUGAGUGCCAGUGGGUUCAUGAUUCAGUUCUUUAUCCAGGGCGCAUGGGGUGUUAUCCCUAUUCAUCUCAACGAACUGUCUCCUCCUGCUUUCAGAUCCUCAUUCCCAGGAGUUACGUAUCAAAUUGGAAACAUGAUCUCUUCUCCCUCCGCACAGAUCGUCAAUGCUGUCGCUGAGAAGACAUUCGUCACUCUCAAGAACGGCGACAAGGUCGAGGCAUAUGGGCCUGUGAUGGGUGUUGCUACCGCCAUCAUCGCCAUGGGCAUCAUCUUCACUACCAUGUUUGGUCCCGAGAAGCGUGGACGCUCUUUCGAGCAUGCCGUUGCUGGUGUCCGUAACGACGAGCUACCCCACCACCAAAAGAAGGAUAUCGAGACUGCAAGUGUUGAACAGGUUGAGAUGGAUGAAAGGAAGAAAGCCAAGGAAGAGGUUUAA